GAAACAUUUACAUCACCGGCAUUUUUGAGUUUCGAACAUAUUCAACAAACUUCAGAUACGAGUGCUUGAACAAGCUUACCAACAGCUUCGCAGCACAUCGAUAUGUUGCCACCAUCACCACUUCGCCAAUUGGCACCAACAAUUGCCCGGCGCGUCCGGAACCCCAGGACAAUUGCUCGUCUAGCAUCAACACCCCAGUGCUUUGCACCCGUUACAGAAUCACCGUCAGUAAGAACACAACGAUGGCACUCCAACCAUAAUGACUCCAGGCCCCCCUCCUCUUCCUCCGUCAACCCCGACGAAAUCUCCCACUUCAACGCCCUCGCUGCCACCUGGUGGGACCCACACGGCUCCUCGCGCGCCCUCCACCUCAUGAAUCCUCUACGACACGAUUUUAUCCAGACCUGCCGCUCCUCGUCACCCACAUCCUCCUUCACCGUCCUAACCGAGGACUCUGGAGACGAACUUCCUUCUUCCUCUCCCGACGCCCCCACCUAUAGCACUACAGCCAACGUGCAAAAACUGCGCUAUCUCGACAUCGGCUGCGGCGGCGGCAUCUUCGCCGAGUCUGCCGCCCGCCUGCCCACCACCGAGUCCGUACUUGCCAUCGACCCGUCCCCAGGCGUCCUAGCCAUUGCCCGCUCCCAUGCCAAGAAAGACCCGAGUCUGUCGCCCAAGUUGACGUACCUCUCCUCGACGAUCGAAUCACUCCCUACACUCAAGCCCGAAGCCGUGGAAAAGAAAUUCGACGUGGUCUCGUGCUUCGAAGUCAUCGAGCACGUCGACCACCCUGCUCUGUUCCUCGACCACGUCGCCAAGUUUGUCAAGCCGGGCGGUUGGCUGGUCAUGAGCACGAUUGCACGGACUUGGACGAGUUGGUUUACGACGAAUUUCAUGGCUGAGGAUGUGCUGGGGAUCGUGCCCAAGGGAACGCAUGAUUGGAACAAGUACAUCAAUGAGUAUGAGCUGAGGGGAUAUUUUGAGGAAACAGAGGAAAAGAGGAGGUUCUGGGGACAGCCGAGGGCCAUGGGCGUUGUCUAUGUUCCCGGGCUGGGGUGGAAGGAGGUUCCCGGGAGCGAGAAGGUUGGGAAUUACUUUUUGGGGGUGCAGAGGUUGGCUAGUGAGGAUGCGUAAGCAUGGCAAUAAGGACGUUUCUGUGCGUUGUACGUUUAUAUGUAUAGGUUCUGUGAUAUAUGAAGCUGAUCAUACGAAGGGGGUAAGCAGGUACAUGAUAUGGACUGGAUAUCAAGAGACUAAGAUGGUCUCCCCAAGGCUGUCCACUGCUCAAGCCCAUAUGACAUUAGUACGCCAGUUGCGAGUCGUCCAGCUGCCGCCUUGCAUACUGGUGGGGUGAGCAGAAAGAGCUCAGUACUCAUCCCGAUUACUGGAGCGUUCCCUUGGCUUGACAGCAUACCA